UACCAAACCGCAUGUCGCUUCCACGCGUCUGUGUACUCCUAACUCCACGGAUGUGGUGUGACCACGCGGGGAGGGGUGAAGGGGUCAUGGCCUUCCUUGGGAGCGCAGUUUGGCGAGUGUUCUCAGCAGUGAGGCCUCUUUCUCCGCUGUGCCGGACAAGCACUCGGUCCUACAGCUCAGAGCCCACCAAGGAAAAGAGUGUUCCCUACGAGAAGACACUCAAACAGGAGGAUGGAGCCUCCUCAGGACCCACUAAGCCAUUACCCAGGUCAGCUGAUGCGGUGGUGAUUGGAGGAGGAAGCCUGGGCUGUCAGACCAUUUACCACUUGGCCAAAAUGGGAAUGACUAAUGUAGUUCUACUGGAGAGAGACAGACUGACUGCUGGCACCACCUGGCAUACUGCAGGCCUCCUGUGGCAGCUGCGACCCAGUGAUGUUGAGGUAGAGCUCUUGGCCCACACCAGGAAUGUGAUUAGCAAAGACCUAGAGGAGGAGACGGGUCUGCAUACAGGCUGGAUCCAGAAUGGAGGGCUCUUCAUUGCUUCCAACAAGCAAAGACUUGACGAGUACAAGCGCCUCAUGUCGCUGGGUAAAGUUUAUGGAAUUGAGUCCCAUGUCCUUUCACCGGCUGAGACGAAGGACCUGUAUCCUCUGAUGAAUGUCGAUGAUCUUUAUGGAACACUGUAUGUUCCAAAAGACGGCACCAUGGACCCUGCAGGUACCUGCACAACCUUGACCAGGGCAGCCACUGCCCGAGGAGCCACGGUGAUUGAAAACUGUCCUGUAACUGGCAUUCAAGUGCGAACUGAUGAUGUCGGUGUGAAGAGGGUAAAGGCAGUGGAGACACAACACGGAACCAUUGAGACACCUUGUGUGGUGAACUGUGCAGGUGUGUGGGCCACCAAGCUGGGAGAAAUGGCCGGAGUCAAGGUUCCUCUCAUUGCUAUGCAUCAUGCCUAUGUGGUAACAGAGAGAAUCGAGGGCAUACAGAACAUGCCAAAUGUCAGGGACCAUGAUGCGUCAGUGUACCUGCGCCUUCAAGGUGACGCUCUGUCUGUGGGCGGUUAUGAAAGAAACCCCAUCUUCUGGGAUGAGGUGUCUGAUAAGUUCGCCUUCAGCCUGUUCGAUCUGGACUGGGAUGUCUUUAUGCAACAUAUUGAGGGUGCAGUCAACAGAGUUCCUGCUCUGGAACAGACUGGCAUUAAGUCCACUGUCUGUGGACCAGAGUCAUUCACAGCAGACCAUAAGCCUCUGAUGGGAGAAGCACCAGAGGUCAGAGGUUUCUUCCUGGGCUGUGGCUUCAACAGUGCUGGUAUGAUGCUGGGAGGUGGUUGUGGUAGAGAGCUGGCUCACUGGAUCAUACAUGGCCGCCCUGAAAAGGACAUGUACGGCUAUGACAUCAGGCGCUUUCAUAACUCGCUGACAGACAACAAACGGUGGAUCAGAGAGAGGAGUCACGAGUCGUAUGCUAAGAACUACUCUUUGGUGUUCCCCUUUGAUGAGCCGCUGGCCAGCCGAAACAUGAGGAAGGAUCCUUUCCACCAGGUGCUCUCAGAGCAGGGCUGCAUGUUCCAAGAGCGGCAUGGCUGGGAGAGACCUGGCUGGUUCAACAAAGAAGGACCUGCUCCUGUUAAAGACUAUGAUUAUUACGGAGCUUACGAUGUGAAGAGGAAUGAAAAGUACAAAUACAAUGAACUGCUGGGUCAAGAGUACACCUUUGACUUCCCUCCACAUCAUGACGUGAUUAAGAAUGAGUGCCUCUCAUGUAGACACAGUGUGGCUGUGUUUGACAUGUCCUACUUUGGAAAGUUCUAUCUCACUGGACCCGAUGCCAAGAAGGCAGCUGAUUGGCUCUUCACUGCUGAUGUCAACAAGAAGCCAGGUACCACUGUGUAUACCUGCAUGCUGAAUAAAAGAGGAGGGUCAGAGGCCGACCUGACUGUGAGCAGACUGGAGCCUGGUGUGGCCAACCUGCCCCUGGCACCAGAAUCCAACGGUGAUGCAUAUUACCUGGCCAUUGGAGGCGGUGUGGCAGAACACAACUGGAACCACAUUAAAACAGUUCUUCAGGAUCAAGGCUUUCGCUGCCAGUUGACGGACCACUCUGAGGACAUGGGGAUGAUCAGCAUCCAGGGGCCCAAAAGCCGGGAGGUAUUACAGGAGGUUUUAGACACAGACCUGAGCAAUGAAGCUUUCCCCUUCUCCUCACACAAAGUUGUUAAUGCAGCAGGACAUCAGGUGCGAGCUAUGCGCCUGUCAUUUGUCGGAGAGCUCGGCUGGGAGCUGCACAUUCCCAAAGACUCCUGCCUUCCAGUCUACCGUGCUGUCAUGGCUGCUGGUGCAAAGCACGGCAUCAUCAACUCAGGCUACAGAGCCAUCGACUCGCUCAGCAUAGAGAAAGGGUACAGGCAUUGGCACGCCGACCUGCGCCCUGAUGACACACCACUGGAGGCGGGGCUAGCCUUCACCUGCAAGCUGAAGAGUUCAAUCCCUUUCCAGGGUCGUGAUAUGUUAGAGAAACAGAAGAAGGAGGGACUGAAGAGGCGCAUCGUCUGCUUCACCACUGAUGAGAAAGUCCCGAUGUUUGGUCUGGAGGCCAUUUACCGUAAUGGUGUUCCUGUUGGUCACCUCCGACGUGCUGACUAUGGCUUUUAUAUCGACAAAACUAUUGGUUAUGGAUACAUCCGCAAUCCAGAUGGAGGAGUGGUUAGCGCUGACUUCAUAAAGAGUGGUGAGUUUACCCUGGAGAGGAUGGGAGUAGUAUACAAGGCCAAAGCACACCUCAAAUCUCCUUUUGACCCUGAGAAUAAGCGUGUCAAGGGCAUCUAUGAUUGAGAACGGACCACACAUGUAAAAACUGACGAAAAACACGCCAGCUACAGAACGGCACCAGAGUUGGAGGGAUUUACAACUUUUUGUACGAGCAGCUGUUUUUGUCUUCUGUCAAAUACAAGUUCAUCUCAAAUGUUGUUAAUUUUUUUUCUGAUUUGAUGGGACUCGUGCGCAUAUGAUCGAUUUUAUGCUCAUUUGUAAAAUGUUGCAUGUUGAAAGCUGGUGAAAAAUGUGCAUCGGUAAAAAUCAGAUAUGACUGGAUUGUUAAGGGUGCUUCUGUUUCUCGUCUCCACGUUUUUAUAUCCACUCUGAGAGUAACAGCACUCUGUUUGAAUCGUCAUGCAAGUGCUAAUACCAUGAAAACGUUCAAGGGAUACACUGAUCGUAUUAUCUCUAAGAGUCGAGGGAUUUGUGGUCCAGAUUGCCUUCAUCUUUCCAGGGUUUAACUUAAGAACUUUAAUAACGGAUGAUGUAUUUUAAACCGUUUUUUUUUUUUUUUAAAUAAUAACUAAAACAUCUGUUGGUUGUUUAUGUCAAAGGAUCAACAGCCAGAUAUAGUAAAAACAGUUAACUGUUAAUCUGCAACUAACCCUGUUAGUAGAGUUUUCAGUGCAACUCUUUGGAUAGAAUUUGGUCAGUAAUCUGUGUGUGUGUGUGUGUGUGUGUGUGUGUGUGUGUGUGUGUGUGUGUGUGUGUGUGUGUGUGUGUGUGUGUGUGUGUGUGUUUUCUAAACAGUACAAACAGCUGAUACAACAGAUAUUUGGAUGUUUUUAUCCAAAGUAAAUAUCAAUAAAUAUACUUCUCAGUUUGUGGGAAGGUCCUUUGAAAAAGCUAAUCAGGCUCAAGAGAAAACUAUCUUUUAUUAGAAGUACUUUGAUAUUAAUGGAGGUGUUAAUUCGACCUUUUACUUGGUUAUACUAACACUCUGUAAUGGGGAGUAAAAGUAUUCUCAUAACAAUACAGACAUUUACAGAGAAUACAAUAACUGUUUGUGCUGAUAAUGAUGACAAAAUCUAGAGGCUUUUUUUGUUUGUUCUCUAAAUCUGAAGCAGACAUCCUGGGAGAGAAAGGAAGGCAAAAAAAAAAAAAAGCACCCAAAGGCACGAGGUACCAGGGAAACAAGACACUAAUGAAGUAGAAUAACAGAAGACAGCAGUUUUCAGAAAGCAGUUUUGGGAAAAGAUCUCUGUCUUCUGAUCCAUCCCCUCAUGGUCAUGGCAUUUUGUGUUAAUGUAGCGCCUUUUGUUCUUUAACAGAUAGAGGCUUGCUAAAUAAGGCGAGCAGUUAAAUUAUGCAUAGGUAAACCUCUCAUUUCAUCUUUGCUGUAAUUGCUUAAUAUUUAAAUUUGAAACUAAUAUC